AUGAUGAGCCAGCGGCGUGGGAUCCACCUGGACCAGUCAGAGCUGCUUUGCAAGAAAGGAUGUGGUUUUUAUGGCAACACUGCUUGGCAGGGCCUCUGCUCAAAGUGCUUCCGAGAGGAAAAUCAGCGAGAAAGGCAAAAACAGAUUCAGGAAGACUUGGCACUCGCCGAGAGGCUGCAGAGAGAGGAACAGGAAGCUUACGAAAGCAGACAUCAGAGGACACAACCUCAGCCUGCUCUUACCCCUGUCAACAAGCUAGAAGAAAGAAAACCUAAGGAAAAAUCCAGCAAAGUCAACACAGUCACUAAGUUUUUUAUUCCGUCUUCAAAAACACCUCCAAAAAAAGAUGCUGCUCCCGUGGACACACACCCCAGCCAAAGCCCCAGCUCCUCAGCAAGCCGACAUCCCUCGGUGGACAGUGACCAUGCAACGCGAGAGUUCAUCGAUUUUCUCAAACCUCUGAAGUCUGGCAGGGAGAUCUUCAAGCAGUGCAGAGCCUUCACUGAGAGCAUGGUCUACAAGCGAGACAUGGGAGCUGAUGAAAUGUCGGAGUGUGUGCAGGACUUUUACCAGAACCUCUCAGAACGCCUCCUGACCCAGUUCAAAGGUUCGUCAGAUCACGUAGAGACUGUCAUGGAUGAGGUCGAGAAGUACAUGAUGAGUCGUCUCUACAAAGAAGCCUUCUGUCCUGAAACCACAGAUGACGAGAAGAAAGACUUGGCCAUUCAGAAGAGAAUCAGGUCCUUGCACUGGGUCACCAUUGAGAUGCUGUGUGUCCCUGUAGAUGAGGAGAUCCCUGAGGUCUCAGACAGAGUAGUCAAAGCCAUCACAGAUGUGAUUGAAAUGGAUUCGAAGCGCGUGCCAAAGGAUAAGCUGGCCUGCAUUACCCGUUGCAGCAAGCACAUCUUCAACGCCAUCAAAGUCAGCAAGAAAGAGGCUGCGUCCGCAGACGACUUUCUCCCGACUCUCAUCUACAUCGUGCUGAAAGCAAACCCUCCGCGACUGCAGUCCAACAUCCAGUACAUCACCCGCUUCUGCAACCCCAGCAGACUGAUGACCGGAGAGGAUGGUUACUACUUCACUAAUCUGUGCUGCGCAGUGGCCUUCAUUGAGAAGCUGGACGCCCAGUCUCUGAACCUGAGCCCCGAGGAGUUUGAGCUCUACAUGUCGGGCCAGGCGUCCCCACACUGGCCGCAAGCCUCCGGAGCUUCCGCCUCCUCCCCGGGAAGCGCGUCUCUGAACCAGGUCCACAAGCGCCUGGACCUGCUCACUGGGCUCGGCGAGAGGCAGGAGCGGGUCAUGGAGAAGGCUCGUCAGCUGGAGAGCGACCUCAUUGACUGGACGGACGAAGUGGAGCAGAAGGUGCAGAGCGCUCUGGAGAGCUUCCCUCCAGAGACGCAAAGCCUUGCUGCAACCACAGCUGGCGGGACUGCGUCCGCCUCGUCAUCAGCAAUCGACUCUGAUAAUGUUGAGAAUGAGCUCCUGCCCCCACCGCUGCAACCACAAGUGUUCGCCGGUUGAUGUGAAGUGUUCCACUCCACAGCAAUUCCUCCAUUCUCCUCCUCUUUUCCCCGCUGUCUGAAUGCACAUACAGAAUUUAGUCCGUUUCCACUCCAGCCAUACCUGUUCCAUCCACACGUUGUCUUAGAGGCUCUGGAACUACACAGAGCAGUAAUGUAACUAUUAAGUUAAAGGACAAGUUUGGCAAGUGCACUUAUUGGCUUCCUUUGAAGAAGCUGGAUGGGACGAUUGGUACCACCUGUGUCUGUGCAAUCAAUAUAAGGCUUCUACCAAAUUAGCUUAGCACAAAAACUGGAAUUAGGUAGAAAACAGCUGGCUUGGCUAAGUCGAUAAACUCGUCCACCAGCACGUCCAACGCACAAAUAUGAACACGUUGCGUCUUGUUUUUGUUUGUACGUAAAAAUAUGUAAGAAUGGCUGAGCUUCCGAGGUGCUAGUUGGUUGAUUUUGUACGGAGCUUUUUCCACACACUUCCAGUCUUUAUGCUGAACUAAGCUUAAUUACUUGAACAAUCAAACACAAGAGUGGUAUUGAUCCUUUCAUCUAACUCUGGACGAGAAAGUUAAUUAGUGUAUUUCCCCAAAAUGUCAAACAAUUUUUGCCACACGAGGGGAAGUACCUGAGCUCUCUCCGAGCGUAUCUGUCAGGAGCGAAGUCAAUGAUCCAGGCAGCGUGCCUCCGUCACUAGGACUUUAGGAGAAAUGUAGUGACAUCCUCGAUCCAGCCAUGUCCUUUGAUGUGAUGUCUUUUUUGCGCAAUAUAACCCUCACACUCCUGGUGUCACUCGAACUGUGUCUUUCUCUGUGACGUGGACAGGGAAAACGUCCGGGAGGCAUCCUUAAUAAGAUGUCCUGAUCACCUCAGCUGUUCAAUGCAAAGGACCAGAAUAACUCCGCUCUAAGCUCUUCCCAAAUACACGUUUGUCCCCGACAAUGGCAUCUUCAGUACCUCAGUAGUUCUUAUCGUUGUUAAAUUUGUUCUGGAAGGAAAAAAAAAACAAAGUUUGGAUGUGAGUUUUAAAUAUAUUUUUUAAGUCGAAUUUGCGAACUUUUCAGACAAGAUUUUUUUGUUUGUUUGUUUGUUUCGUUUUCCCAAACUGACACGAGGAACCUUACUGUCAACCCUGAUAAAUUAUCAUGAAUUUUCAGUAAAGUAUGACUUAAAAAAAAAAAAAAAGAGAGAGAAAUCGGGAAACGUGGUUGACACAUAACUUCCCCCGCCUAAGAAUACCCUCCAGCUUGUGCUUGUGAAUUCUGCCGUACUUGGUGUGCAUUGCCCCAUCUUCCAGAGAGGAAAGGCGUUGGUUGUGCAUGUGAGCAAGUGUGUGUGUGUGUGUGUGUGUUUUGCAUGUACGCGCUCCAUUUAUGUGGAUACACACAAAAGAAAAGGUCCUCCAGUUGUGUGUGUGUGUGUGCGUGUGUGUGUGCGGCUAUCGUAGUCUUGUUCCCCGUGGCAGACCUCUCAUUCCAGUCACAAGCUGGGUGUACAGAAGUGAUUUUAUUUUUCUAUAGAGUGGCAGAUAUACACUUUUGUGGAUGCAUUAAUCCUGUAAUAUUUACAGUAGUUGCUUGAAGACGUCAUAUGGAUUUGAAUGAUUGAAUAGUCAACUUCUUAAGAGGGCGUUUUAAGCAUGACUACUAAAAUGCUCAACUAUAGGGGAGCUAUCGUUUGCCCCGUCAGAGCUGAUGGAUGAAAUAGAUUAAAAAAAAACAAAAAACACACACACACAUAAAGAGGAAGAUGUUUCCCUGUUAGCGUAAGACAUUAAAAAAAAUAAAUAAAUCUCUCCCAAUGCUUUUACCAGUGCAGAAGAAUCCUCUGUUCUAACUUAUUUUGACGCACUUUUGUUUGAUUUUGGCGCUUUUCAUCCAGAGUGAAGGAAGCCUGAAAUGAUUGUGGAAACACGGGCUGUUGCUGCAAAGAUUUCUCACAGCCGUGUUUUUGUGUUCGGCAGUCUUAUAAUGAAGGAAAUGUUUGGGACGUUGGCACAUUUUGUUUUUUUUUGUUAAGAUUUCGUUACGUUGCUAGAUUUGAAUCUGUGUUGAUAUUGGGAGCAGUACUCAGUGCAGAUUUUAGUUUGAGAAAAAGGAUUUUUAAUAUAAAUUUAAACUAUAGCUUGAAUAAACCUCUUAUUGCACUGUAUGCAGAAGCCAUGUAUCAGGUAUUUUAUUAAGCAUUGUCUUCGUUACAUUUUAGGUUUGUUAUCGUGUCACAUGGGGGAGAUUAACUCAAUACUGUCUCUUAUUUAAAAUGUAACUUAUUGGGACAGUGUUGGCAUACUUGCAUCUAUGGGUGUGUGAUGAUUAAUAAAAGCGGAAAGUGUC